AUGGCAGCCAACACAUCCUCCAGCACCUCGGCUCUCCCAGUCGACACUGUCACUCCCUACAGCACUGAUAGCCCGCUCAUCAACAUCAACGUCUCCAACGUCACCAAGUUGACAGCAACCAACUAUCUCACCUGGAGCAUACAGAUCCGUACCUUACUUCAAGGGUACAACCUUGAUCUUUUCCUCGAUCCGGCUCAAGAUCCAUCUCUGACAGUCACCGCCGGCACAACUGUCGCUCCGAACCCUAACUUCCAGCAGUGGUUCAGACAAGAUCGUCUUGUCUUCUCGGCUUUGCUCGGAUCCAUCUCCGGGACUUGUCAGGCGCUUGUUGCGUCCGCUGCUACGUCUGCUGCUGCGUGGACGACAUUAGCUCAGACUUACGGCCGAUCGAGCCAAGGUCACGUGAAGCUUAUCAAGGACCAUAUACGUCGAUACACGAAAGGUACUAAAACCCUUGAUGAAUACAUGAAUUUCUUCAAGGCAAAAGGAGAUGAAUUAACCCUACUUGGAAAAACAAUGGAUCACGAAGAUCUCGUUGAUCUCAUUCUUGCCGGCCUCGGUGAUGAGUACAAACCGAUCAAGGAUAUUGUUCAAGCUUGGGACACAAUAAUCUCUUUUGUAGAGCUUCAUGAAAAACUUUUCAGUCACGACAUUGAUCUCACGGUUACGGCUCCUCUCCUAGCCACGCCAGUCUUGGCUCAUGUUGCUCAACAAGGCUACCGUCCCUCCUGGCGUCCUCCGGCUCAGAAUGGUCCUCGACAAUUCCCAGGCCCGAAGUCUCCUCGGCCAUGA